AUGAGGACGUCCCCCUCUCAGGCGGGACAAGGGGGCCUUCAGCUGUGGCUCCCCCUUCUUCCCCUGCCCAGCCUGGGCAAGGCCUCCCCCGCCUUCUCCGGAGCAGAUGGGCAACCACGUCAGCGGGCAAACACCGGGGAGCGACCGAGCGCAGGGGUCCGGCUGCUCGGACAGACCCCUGGAGGGGGGGCCGACCCUGGCCCAUCGCCCGAACAGGCCAGCUCCCCACCGCCACAGGCAGAACAGGGGCACAAGGCCACAGCACCUCCCUGGAAAGGGAUUGCUAGCGCGAGGGCCCCCCCUGGUGACCCCAGCCGGCCUUUGCACCCUGAGCAUUAUCAGCCACUUCUUAGGAGGCAACAGGAAGGAGUUGUGAUUCACACAGUGGGGCCCAUCGCCCAGGGCCAGCCCAGUCCCUCGCAGCAGACCGAACUCAGCGACUGCUACAAGAACAGCUUGAAACUCGCCUUGGAGAACAAGCUGCAAACGGUGGCCUUCCCCUGUAUUUCCACCGGGGUGUUUGGCUACCCGAACGACGAUGCUGCGGAGGUUGUCCUCAACACAUUACACAACUGGCUAGAAGACAACAAGGACAAGGUCGAGCGGCUGAUCGUCUGUGUUUUCCUGGAAAAGGACGACGAAAUUUAUAAGGAGAAGCUGCCCAAGUAUUUUCCCAUCGGUGGUGAAAGGACAAUGAGGGGCUUUCUGGGAGCCUUCCUCACCCUUCCUCUCAUUUCCAGCCUGACCCCCCGCGUCCCAUGCGCCGAAGGCGCAGAUGCCGGUGAGGAACCUCCGUCCUCAAAGCUCUGAAGUGGCUCCCUGCAAAUCCCGCGGCCUCCCUGCAGACGGAGACGCCGGAUCUUUUCCAAGCUAGGAGAAAACAGCCCCCCCCCUCUUCUUCUUCUUCCCCAGGCGCGAUCGGGCGCAAUGCCGGAAUAAAAAUGAAAAGAGGAU